UACACUCAGGUCGCGUCGGAAGAAGGACCGUGCGAUGUUGAAGCCGGGAGCUAAUAACGUACCUAGGUAUGAAUCCCUAAAGGAUGAAAGGAACUCUAAAGGGACUGAGAAAAUGAUUCGAUCUGGAGAUGUAAAUCGUCGGCUGAAAUGUAAUUCCCCCGUGCUGCUUUUUCUUGGACUACUCGUCUGUGUGCUUAUUCUUAUUUUACAUUUUAAUAUCCCUACCGACGAGAACAUAAGUGCUGAAACUAAAUCUGUGAAACAGUCAAAAUCUAAAUCAAAAAACAGUAAGCCACAUGUUGUGUUUCUUCUUGUUGACGACUUCGGUUUCAACGAUAUCGGGUACCAUGGAUCAAAGAUUAAAACUCCGGUCAUGGACACACUUGCGAAAGAUGGAGUUAUUUUGGAAAAUUAUUACGUUCAGCCCAAGUGCUCUCCGACAAGAAGUCAGUUAUUAUCAGGGCGUUAUCAAAUUCACACGGGUCUCCAGCAUGGUACCAUAAAACAUAACGUACCAAACUGCCUUCCUCUGGAUGAAGAAACGCUUCCACAGAGCUUAAAAAAACUUGGCUAUGCAACACAUAUGGUUGGCAAAUGGCACCUGGGAUUCUAUAGAAAAGCGUGCCUACCUACCAGGCGGGGUUUCGAUUCGUUCUUUGGAUUAUUACUCGGAAGCGGGGGCCACUGGUCACACGAAAGGGAUGGUGGAUAUGAUUUCAGAGUAAAUGAAAAUGUUGCUAAGCAGUACAAAAAUAAAUACUCAACGAUAUUGUUUGCUAAGCAAGCACGCAAAAUCAUUAUGUCCCACAAGCCGGAAAAGCCGCUUUUUCUGUACGUGCCAUUCCAAGCUGUACACACUCCUCUUGAGGUCCCAUCUCGCUACAGUUUACCAUACAAGAAUGUAUUUCAGGACAGAACACGACAAAUUUACGCCGGAAUGGUUACUUGUGUAGACGAGGCCAUUGGUAAUAUCACGAACGCUUUGAAAGAAAAGGGCAUAUAUCAGAAUUCUGUAAUCAUCUUGUCAACAGAUAACGGCGCACAGGUACACAGUAGUGGGGGAAGUAAUUGGCCACUGCGCGGAAUGAAGGGUACACUAUGGGAAGGGGGAAUUCGUGCAGUCGGAUUCGUGCACAGUCGCUUGAUUCCAAAGUCUGUACGCGGAACAGUAAACAGACAUUUAGCUCACGUUAGCGACUGGUUCCCGACUAUCGUCGAGGGCAUUGCUAAAGGAAAAUACAGAGGUGCAAAGCCUCUUGACGGUUAUAAUAUUUGGGAAAGCAUCAAGCAAAAUAAACCCUCUCCAAGGAAAGAAAUUCUCCAUAAUAUAGACUCACUUCGGGCACCAAUUCCACCCACAGGACGUUGGAACAAACGGAGCAUCCAAAAGAUAUUUGAUAUAAGCCAACGUGCAGCAAUAAGAUCAGGCCACUGGAAACUAAUUACAGGGACCAACAAUAGAUAUGGCUGGUACGCCCCACCAGGCGCUCAUCAAAAAUCUGUCAUUCCUGUACGCAACCCCGGUAAGGUACUCUGGUUAUUCAACAUCACAGCAGAUCCUUACGAGAAAAGGGACCUCUCAACUAAACACCCAGACGUGGUUAUAAAAUUGUUAACAAAGCUGGCUAAGUAUAACAAAACGGCAGUGCACGUUAAAUAUCCGCCCCCUGAUCCAGCUGCAGACCCAAGUAAACAUGGGGGUAUAUGGGAACCUUGGGCUAAACGGCCCCCAAAGGGCUUUAAGGGUAUCUACGGUCCAGUGUGUUCAAAAGGGCACUCGGCUUCAUGUAUUCAAUCAUUGAAAAACAUUGAUGAUCACUAUAAUCAGGUAGAGAAAGAAAAGGAAAUUGUUAAGCCUCAACCACUCAAAUUAAAGAUUAAAGAAACUCUACAGAAGGUAAAUCUUCCAAAUAAAAAACAUUCAUCAAAACCAAAACACUUACCGAAGAGAAAACCUCACAGGAAAAAUAUGCCUAAGCGUAAAAACAUUAGGAGAAAGAAAACUAUAACAAAAACUAAGUAAAAAAUAAUCUUACCCGAUGAGAUAAAAAACGUGAAUGCAUAUAUAUUAUA